AGCUUUUGUUAUUCGAGCCCGCGGCUUCGUUUCGCGAGGGUGUACCGAUGUAUAUUAAAAAAACUAUUUGAAUUUUUAAUUUGUUAAUUUUCUGUGAAAAGUGUUAGUGCAAUAAUUUAUUCAUUUUGUGUUUGGACUGUUGCAAGGUUUCUGAAGAUAUCGUAUAAUACGAAGAUUUUGUGAUGAAAUCCACAAAUAUGGAAUCGUGUUCGGACCGUCUCAGCCCAUCGAGUGAUCUGACCAGCGAAUCUGAAACCUCUCUACCGCCAUUCCCAUAUGACAAUCAAAAUGGCAACUUCUACCAAGCAGAAUUAAACGAAAAACAAUACUUUUCUUGCAAACAAAAAGCAAGAAGCGAAGAAAAAAGCCCAAAAGACGUUUAUUUACAAGAUAGCAACAAAAUGGCGUUCGAGAACUACCUCUCGCCGCCGAGAAACAAAAAGUAUUUAAAUUUCGAACUCAAAUUGCCGCCAACCAACGAGAAUAUUUUUUCACAAUUGGAAGGCGAAGACCGCAUGCGUUCAGGCUACUUCAACGAGGUUCAAGAUCUAAAAAGUUGCGUUCAAAAUGAAAACAACCCUACUUUAUCAGAAAUAAAAUUGAACCAGCAGAUUUUUGAUGGGGUUAAUGUAAGUGGGGAAAGGGAGAGAGUACCGCAGACGUACUUCGCUGAGAAUGAGAACAGUAACUUGCGAAGAUGUUUGAACUUUAAUUCGGAACAAGUGCAGUGCGUUUGCGAGGCUUUGCAACAGAAGGGUGAUAUUGAAAAACUAGCGGCUUUCUUGUGGAGCUUGCCGCCAAGCGAGUUGCUCAGAGGCCAUGAAACUAUCUUGAGAGCUCGAGCACUUGUCGCGUACCAUAGAGGGGUAUAUCAAGAACUCUAUGCUAUACUAGAGGCGCACUCGUUCCCGCCGAGACACCACACCGCUCUACAAAAUCUAUGGUUCAAAGCGCAUUAUAAGGAGGCUGAAAAAGUUCGGGGCAGAGCUUUAGGUGCUGUAGACAAGUAUAGGUUAAGAAAAAAGUACCCGCUGCCCAAGACCAUAUGGGAUGGUGAAGAAACAGUUUACUGUUUCAAGGAGAAAAGCAGAAACGCACUUAAAGACUGUUAUUAUAGAAAUAGAUACCCCACCCCUGAUGAGAAACGUGCCCUCGCUCAGAAGACUGGUCUGACCCUCACUCAAGUGUCCAACUGGUUCAAGAACAGGAGGCAGCGAGAUCGCACGCCACAACAGCCUAACAGACCUGAAAUGUUGGUUCCUGCUCAAUACGCGGGCCCACAAGGCGGUUUGGCACAGGCAUUACUCCCGAAUGCCUAUUACCACCAGUUACAAGACCCAACGCACUAUUUACAUGGAGGGGCGCCGUAAUGUUGCCAUAUAUAUAAAAAAAAGUUAAUGUAACUAUGACUGUGAAAAAGUGUUAUUUUAAAUUGUUAAUGCACCUGUAAGCUCAUGUAUAUAGUUAUUCUAGUUUUAUCUAUUAUGUAAAAGAUUUUUCUAAUGUUAGGAAGGUAUUAAAUAUAGUGGUGUAGUUAAAUUCAUGGUUUGGUUUAUAUAAAUAAAAAACUGUAUCAUUUUAUGAUUGCUGCUUAAAUGUCGAAGUUUAAACAAAAUUUUUGAUUAUUUAAAAAUACGUAAUUAAAUACAAUAUUAAAGAUACUUCCUCUUAAAGUUACAGAUUAGUGCAAUAGGGUCGAGAUUUUUAUUAUUAUUGUAGAUUUUGAAAACCAAUCCACACUAGUUCCUAACUGCAAACUGCAAUGCACAUUAUUUUAAUUAAAUUAGAUAUUAAUUAAAAAUGGUUACUGACUUAAUAGUAUUAAUGCAAUAAAUAUUGUUUAUUUACUUCAUUUUGAUAACGACAAAUCCAUAUUGUUACUUGAACAUUAUUAUUUUUUGCUCAAAAUAGCAAAUUAAUAUGUUUAAUAUCGAUGUUAGGUGCUAUUUAAGUUUCAAACCAUUGUAUUCUAGUCUGGAAGCGAAUUAAAGUUCUGUAAGAAUUAAAUGUUAUUUUAUUACCACUCAUUUUCACUAUAUUUAAGUGAUGGACUCUUGAAGACAUAGCUUUCUUUCUUUAAUCCUAUCUUAUUUCACAGAAAAUGACUUGCGCACUAAGCAAAUCAAAUGCACAACCACACGACAAUUAGACUCAGGAAAACUAUUCGUUCAUUACUAAAACUGUUGUCCUAGUCAGGGAUCGAACCCGCAACAUCUCGGUUUGCCGUGGGUACCUCAAUCACUAGGCUAUCUAAGAUGUAGUCGUCUGUGCUUUUAUUUGAUAAUAUAAAUG